AUGGAGGCCGCUGUGCAGGAAAACCAUGGCCAGGCCGAACUUGCGCGCCACAACGUGUCUCUCUUUGAACUAUCAAGCGAAGCCAAUUUAAAGGUGAACAUCAUAAACGACGACCACGAUCUGGUAAGUCAUUACAAAAGGGAACUCGCAAAUAAAAAAAUGCAAACGGUUAAAUAUUUUGAUAUAGACAUAACGGACGAGGUAAACGACAUUAACGAUGCAUUGUGCAAGCCGAUAGGACUGAAUGAUGAGGACCAUGAGGAAGAUUACGUUGAAUUUAAAAUCAAAAAGUUUAUGUCAUCUUGUGGUGAAGACUCUUACGCGAGAAAAAUUCUGUUGAGCGAUAUGGACAUCACAGUCAAGUGCGUCUCCGGUGGGGACACGCCCGCGGGGAUGGUGGAGCUUAGCCAAGACGGUGAGAUCAACUGA